GAUCAGGUGGUGCGUGGGGCUCUGCUUGACGACAGGACGGUGAUGACAAAGAGUUCAUCGGUUGAUCUGGUGACUCAAACAGACCAGAAGGUGGAGCAGCUCAUUAUCCAAUCAGUAAAAGAGAAAUUCCCCACACACAGGUUCAUAGGGGAGGAGUCAGUGGCUGCAGGUGAAUCCUGUGUCCUGACCGACUGUCCCACCUGGAUCAUCGACCCCAUCGACGGAACAACCAACUUUGUUCACACGUUUCCGUUUGUGGCUGUUUCGAUUGGAUUCUCCGUCAACAAACAGAUGGAGUUUGGUGUCGUAUACAGCUGUCUGGAAGAUAAGAUGUUCACAGCCAGGAGGGGGAAGGGAGCGUUCUGCAACGGACAGCCGCUGGAGGUUUCUGCGCAGAAAGACAUCCAGCAGUCCAUCGUGGCCACAGAGUUCGGAUCCAGCAGAGCCCCCGAAGCCGUCGACAGAAUCUUCUGCAGCCUGAAGAACGUUCUGAGCGUCCCGAUUCACGGGCUGCGCGGUGCAGGUACUGCAGCCAUCAACAUGUGUCUGGUGGCGUCCGGCUGCGUCGAGGCGUAUUACGAGAUCGGGAUCCACGUUUGGGACGUCGCUGCCGGGUCGCUGAUCGUCUCUGAGGCCGGAGGGGUUCUGAUGGACGUGGAGGGAGGGGAGGCGGACCUGAUGUCCAGGAGAAUCAUCGCCGCCAACAGCAGGGCCAUUGCAGAGCGACUGGUCAGAGAGAUCGCCCCCUUCAGGCCUCCUAGAGAUGACGCCCCGCCGCCCAAACAGUGACAAGCAGCAGUGCAUGCUGGGAAAAAGCAGAGUUCAUGUUUAGUUUGUAAAGUUUGUAAUAAAUAGAGUUUGCGAUUAACAACACAGACAGGUGUGUGUCUGAGUGUCAAUGGGACAGGUGAGAGUUAAAGAUGGAGGUCAGAGUUAGCAUGUUAGCAUGUUAGCAUGGAGCUCCAGAAAGCCUGCAACACGUCAGCAGUGGUGCAGCGAGACGCAGCGGCUUCACUUCACAAGGAUGAAGAGAAGAUCAAACAUGUCCAGGUGUAGCACUGGUCACGUCAUCGGCUGAUCACACUUUUUGAUGAAUCAUUGCAGUAGAUUAUUGAUUAUUCAUCAGUUCCAGCAGCAGCCUGCAGGUGGCGCUAACAGCUCACUGUUUAUAUAACCAGUGAGGAGAGAAAAACAUCAGAUGAUUCACUUCAAUCUGCAGCUGUGAAAUAGAGCAGAAACCACACACACACACACACACACACACACACACACACACACACAGUCCUGUUCAGCAUUAAGCUCUAAUAAUCUAAUAAAGACACAUCUGGAACCUC